AUGUCCAUGUCCGUCGCCGCCGUUGGUCAACUGUCGCGGUCGGCGUCGAGGGCCAUUGCGAAGGCGGCGAACGGGUUCCAUCUGCUCCGCAUCGAGGGCUACUCUGAGACCGAGAUGGUCCUACCUGGCCAGAGGAUCUCCUCGGAAGACUUCACCGUCGGCGACUACUCGUGGCGCGUGGACUGUUACCCCAACGGCCGCGACACCUCCACGAAAUCCAACGCCAUGUCCGUCUACCUCCAGCUCACCGACCAAGCCCAGCGUGUCCUCCGGGCGCGGUACAAGUUCAGCCUGCUGGACCGCGCCGGCAACGCCGGGUACGAGCUCCCGGCCGAGACAGCCUCGUUCACCAGCGUCUCAUCGAUGUACAACUACCAGUACAGGAGCCCGGUUGUCCUGGCCGCCGUGGACGAACAAGGGCCAGGGUGCGGCCACGAGGGGUUCAUCGGGAGGGAAGAGCUAGAGAGGCGCCGCGAGGAUCUGAUCCGCGAUGAUCGCAUCGUGCUCCGGUGCGACGUGGGCGUCACUCAGAUUGAAGGUUCGUGCCUGGCGACCGACGAACUCAGCGACGAGGAAGAGGACGAGCAGUACGAUGCACCGGAGUAUGGCGAGUAUGGCGGGUAUGGCGGCCCUCCUCGCCAGCGUCGGCUCCGGCGUCGUACGGAUGACGACGAGUACGUCAAGUGGUGUUUGACGGAGGAACCACGAAGAUCACGGGGCUACCGUCAAGUACGACACCGACGAUUCGGCCACCCCAAUUGGUACUGA